CACAGUUUAAUUUCCAAGCAUUCUCUCAACGCUUUCAAGAUGAAGUACUCAUCGACAGUUUUGUGUGCGGCUUUCGCUGUCACUGGUGUCUACUCUCACGCCGUCGUCACUAUGAUCUACGGUGCCAAUGGUUAGCCAUAAAUCUUUGGAAGGUUUGCAAUACAGCACUAACAUUAUAUCAGGUGUUGACAUGGCCGGUUUGACUGUCGUUGACAACACUCCACGUGAUUGUCCUUCCGCUGGAUGUGGUGCUCAGGAUGAUACUGCUACCAUCAGAACAAACGAGAUGGGCACAAGUAAGGCAACCGCUUUGGGCAGAAGUAAGGCAAGCGGACCAAUUACACCAAACAGAAUGGUGGCCAACUUCAUGGGUGGUGCUGGUACGUUCAAGAUCGUGACAACACAUAAUCUAUUACUAACAUUUCACAGCAAACAAGACUGCCCGUGCUAUCCACGAGCAGAUGAACCUUUACAAACGUGAUAUGUUGGGUGAUCUCAUGAGUUUGGCAGCAGGUGGUGCUGGUGGUGCUGCAGGUGGUGCAGGUGGUGCAGGUGCCAACUCUGUCAAGACCCCAGCAGGUACAAAGGAGACUGGUAAGUCUUUCAAAGGUUCCUCUCUUUUCGACAAAUUUUGAAAUUCGAAGUACUCGUAAACUCGAAUCCCUUUGCAAUUUGCACUUGCCCUAGUUUGAGAAUUCUGGAAUACACAUACUGACUCCAAUCUAGGUAUGGCAGGAACUGCUGGUAUUGGUGCCACAAAAGGUCUGCCAACCGCCAGUGCGUCCGGCGAGAUUACCAUGACCAUUCAUCAGUGCAAUCAGGAUGGUGCUGGUCCAUUCAAUGCCGCCAUUGAUCCUACCUCGGGUGGAACCGACCCAGCAGCAUUCAAGACCGCACAGGUUACCCAGAACGUUCCAGGUAUCGCAGCUGGUAUCUCAGCAGCCACUACCACCGAUUAUAAAGUCAAGGUUCAAAUGCCACAGGGUAAGCUAGUUUAAAUUCUCCACUUCUGAACUCUCGCUUACAGCCCUAGGUAUGGUAUGCUCUGGUACCGUUGAUGGUGUAGGAAACGCCUGCAUCGUCAGAAUGUCCAACAUGACCCCAGCAGGCCCAUUCGGAGGAGCCGCUAUGUUCACUCAGACCAAUGAAGCAAAGAAGCGUGCUAUUGAGUACAACCUCAACAAGCGCCGCAUGGCACGAGGCAAGACCCCAUCUACCGUUUAAGCAUCUUUGUCUGCCAUCUUUGAUACUGGAUCUUUGGACUUGCAAACUUUAUGAUAUACACGAACCGCGAUGUUUUAUGUAGCCUUUCAUUUCAUUGUUCAUACUUCUUGGUGGUGUGGUAUGGGCGGCCUGGUUGCAUCUUGUUGAAGAUUUUCAUUGAAUCGGGAAAACAGGUACCGGGAAUUCAGUUUUAGCUAGUCUAAAAUAAAA